UUGAUGAAUUGGUCGACUUCACGUCAACUUGUGUUAAUUUCCCACUGGUUUUGAGGAAUCCAUGGGAGCCAUUCAAUCAAAAAUUCCCUUUUCUCAUUCUUUUUCUUACAGAAGACUUCCUCAAUCCCCCGAUUCACAGAGCCAACCUCUUCUUCUCCAAGAUCAUGAGAUCACGAAAGAAGAAAGAUUUCAAACUGAUAAUAAUGAAGCUAAGAAGAAAGCUAUGUUGAAAGAGAUAAGGGAGACAAAUUCCAACUUCUCCAGGCUAGAGACCAGGAUUUCUAAGGAAAUGGAUAAAAGAGAAGGAGCCCUCACUGCCCUCAGGAAAGAUGUUAGUGAGCUGAAGAUUCGGGUUGGGAAAAUAGAAAACACCCCUGGAUUGGAUGCUAAGGUGAAGAAACAAGAAGAUGAAAUUGAAAAACUUAGGCAAAGAAAUGCUGCUUUGGAGCACGAAACCAAGGAGAUGAGAACCGCAGUAGAUGAUCUAAAGUACAUAGUUUUUAACUCCAUGCAGGCACCUAGCCCCACUGCAGCUGUUGCACCGCAGGUCACAGGCCCUGAAAUGAAUGAUCUAGUUGGCUGCCUUGUUGUGCUGAUAUUUUUAAUUUCUAUACUCAUAGGCAUCAAUCUAUGAGAAGUUCUUCUAUAUGAUAUGAAAGUUUUCUGUGGUUGGUAUAGAUCUGUGAGAAGUUCUAAUAUGUAAUGUCUCAAAUUCUCAGCAAGAAUUGUUUAUUUUAUUUUAUGUUUUCAGUUCCCAUAUUCCUUUUGGUUCAAUUUAUAAGAGUUUCUUUCAGUGUCUCAAAGUGAAA